CGCAUACAUCGAGUUUUUAUCCAAAUGUAUUUAGACUAUCAUCGCGGCUUUAGUUGCGCGCUUAGCUUUAAUACUUUACUAUUAUUCUUUGUAACAGAUCACCGUACCGACCUCAGUGAUGUUUUCACUCGUGUACGGGCUGUUCUUCUUUCUAGCCCUUAGCGGUAGCCCACUAACGCGCGGCCAACCAGACGACGGGAAGAGGUACAUAUGCAGAGCCGUGCCGGUGACCGGUGACGCGAGCUGCCAGGUGACCCUUCUACCCGAGCUGACCGCGGGGGGCCAAGAAGAGGAGCUGAGGAACACCGUAAUGCAGCUUCGCGAGACGAUCUUACUGCAGAAAGAAACGAUCGGCAAGCAGCUCGGAACCAUCAACGAGUUGACCACCAAACUCUCCCUCUGCGCCUCGUCCUCCGACGAUGGGAAGUACGACCGAGGAGGCUCCUGGACCAAGGAUAAGCAGAACACCAUGGGGGACGUGCCCCGGGAUCCAAAUAGCACCAUCGAAAGUCUUGGGAAGACCAUGAAGGGGCUGAAGGACCGACUGGAGAGCCUGGAGCAACACCAAAUGCGGGCAAACAGUUCGGGGACUCCGUUUCCCAGUGAGCUCCGCGACAUGCUACAGCUGCGGCUGGUGGAUCUGGAGAAGCAGCUGCUGAGGAAGGUGAACUACCUGGAGACCGAGAAGACCACGCUGUCCAACGCCACGGCCGCCUACCGGAUGAAGACUGAAAGUACGCUGAACGCGCUGGUGGAGAGGAUUAGCGAGUUGGAGAAAGGCGGAGGUGAUUUCAAGUCUCCCGAGCAGUUCAAGCUGUCCCUCCCCCAGCGCACAAACUACCUGUACGGCCGCAUCACCAAGAGCCUGCCCGAGAUGUACGCCUUCACCCUGUGCAUGUGGGUCAAGUCCAGCGCCAGCCCGGGCAUCGGGACCCCCUUCUCGUACGGGGUGCCGGGCCAGGCAAAUGAGAUCGUGCUGAUCGAGUGGGGGAACAACCCCAUCGAGCUCCUGAUCAACGACAAGGUGGCCCAGCUGCCCCUGGCGGUGCGCGACGGCCGCUGGCACCACAUCUGCGUGGCCUGGACCACGCGGGACGGCCAGUGGGAGGCCUACCAGGACGGGGAGAGCGUGGGCAGCGGGGACAACCUGGCUGCCUGGCACCCCAUCAAGCCUGGUGGGGUCAUCAUCCUGGGGCAGGAACAGGACGUGGUGGGCGGACGCUUCGAUGCGGGCCAGGCGUUCGUGGGCGAGCUGAGCCAGGUGAACCUGUGGGACCGGGUGCUGAAGCCCCCAGAGAUCCGGAGCAUGGCCAACUGCACCACCUACCUCCCGGGGAACGUGGUCUCCUGGCUGGCCAGCAACGUGGAGGUGUUCGGCCGGGGGGCCUUCAAGAGGCCCCUUGAGGUGUGUCAGGACCGGCUGCCCAACGCCUAGUUGGGGGGGCUGGCAGUGGGGUUGGAUUGUAUCGCUUGACUGCUUUUGGCCACUAUUCGUUGUUGUGUUCUUGUGCCCUAAUGUGGAGUGUCUGUGUAUAUGAGCCGCUUGCAAUGGGCGGGGGGAGCUUUUUUUGUGCAUGUGCAAGUUUUGACGUCAUCUAAGUUUGUCUGUAGUGGCAUUGACUAAUCAACUCACUAACAAACUGACGAACCCUACAGCUAUUCAGAAGAUGCUUGUGUCCAGACAGGGCAACUAAAAGGGUAGCAGCUUGCCCUACAUUAAUUCCUAAUUCAAAGCUUAGCCUGCCUCAAGGAGACCACAAUGGAAGAAUUUUUAAAUUGGUAGAAACCACAGACACAUGGACUCAAGGACAGACACUUACACAACACACACAACCUGGCAAAACGUGGCCAGAAAGCAGAGCGAUUCGAGAUACAUGCUCGGCUAACUGCUAAUACACGAGGAUAAAGUAAACGACAAGGAGCAGACAGAACAGUCGGUCCCUGGCUGACAUGUGAGGGAGGGUUGCGUGGGCGUGGAUGAGGUGUAGCGAAGGAGGAGAUUAUCUGUCUAAGGAGACGUCUGAUCCUCCACUCAGGACUUUUCUCCCCCAACUGGGCUCUAAGCCAGUUUGAGGCUUUCUUGCGCAACAAGGCUAACCCUAAUCUGCUUAUUGAUGGGACGGAUCUGAUUUCACUAUAAUAUCGCAAAGGAUAAUAGUGUCUGGUAAAAUGAAUAUAUUUACAUUUAUAUGGAAGAAGUGCUGAAACACAACGCUGGAAUAGUUGGCAUUUUUGCUGUAUACAUAUUUUGCUAUGUUGAUGUUACGUGAAUAACUCGAAGAUGAAGUUGUGAGUAGUAUUAGCUUCAUGGUUGAUGUGGCUUAUUAUCCGAAGUACUUACUGUCAGCAGACAGAAAUACAUACGCACUAGAGAGCCUGCAUCCAUUAUAACCUCAGGAUGAACUGCUUCUUGCUUGAGAUGCGUCUUGUAUUGCCCCCUCUUCACUGUCUGCUGCUUAGUGCUUGCCUGCCUUUACAAUAACACAACGGUCAAUAGAGAAUUGGGGUAGUAGCAUUUGUUAUCCUAAUUGAUUCCCUUUAUCACUCUUGGCUCUAAAUGCAUUAUGUUGGAUGUGAUGUUGUAUCUUUUGCCUACAUACAAAUCAUCUGUCAGAGUAGAACAUCUCUGUGAUUUAGUUUCUCGGUUUAAAGGAUUGUUGUUUAAAUAAUUAUAAUAAUGUAAUUGUAUUUAUAGUCAUAAUAAUAUCUAACGUAUUGUAGGAAAGUGUAUUAUGUAUGUUGUGGGCCUGAGGGUAUGUGUACCCUUACAUGUGGCCUUUGAAUGUUGCAUAAGUGCCAUGACAAUAUUUCAAGUUUCCCUUUGCCAAUUUAAUGAAAAUGUGUGACUUCAAGCAAAGAAUACAAAAUAAUAAAAAUGCUGCAGAUAUAAAUACUUUUUUUUGUUUAGUGUCUGCCUUAUGUGAGUCAUUGACAUUAUCUCUAUGAAU